AAAAGAGCCCAGAAAACGCAUUCGGAGUCGUCGAAACCCACCAGACCGAUUCGCUUGGCGAUAAAGUCCGCAAUUUCCUGAUUUCCCUUCAAUACUUUCGAAUUUUCGUGGCAAUUUGGAAUAUUUUCAUCAUUUUCUUGAUGCUCGUGUUCUUCUCACACUAAAAAUCGAUGCCUGAACCAAUACUACACUCAAAAUUCCUGUCGGGAUUGCCGGCGGGGCGGAAAAAUGGCGUGCGGCACGGCGAAAAACCCGAAAAAGUCGGCGAAAAGCAGUUCGAUUUUACUAGAAAAAUUCGCGAGCUCCGGUUAGAGCUGGAAAUCAAAAAACGAGAGGAAGAACGCAUCGAGAAGGAUAUUGCAAUCAUUUUGGAGGAGAACACAAUCGACGGUGGCGAGCAAAAUCGUUCGUUCGGUUUAGCAGUCACUCGGCUCAAUAAUCACAUGCUCGUCGUCGAGAACUCCGCGAAACAGUUGACCAGUGCUCUUAAGAACAUUUCCGUACUGGCAGAUACUAUAAGUGGACGGGUUUCUGCUUUAGACGUCGCUAAGACACGAGUUGUCGGGUGUCUGCAGUUGGCUGGGGAUAUGAGAGAUUUGGGAGUUUGCGCGGAAGGAAUUGACGACGCAAUUCGCUCUGAAGACUUUGAAACAGCUUCCCAACAUAUUCAUCGCUUCUUAACACUCGAUCAGGCUGUAUUUCAGAUUCGAGAGUUCAAGCAGAAAGACGCCACUGACUCAAUUCGCCACAGCUACGAAGUGCUCUCAUCGGCGAAAGAACGCUUGUCGAAAAUUCUGAAAUCCCGUCUAACAGAGUCUGUUCAAAAGGGAGACGUCGCAGAAAUGCAGCGAUUUAUUAAAAUGUUCCCGUUGAUUCAUGAACCCGACGAGGGAUUACAGAGAUAUUCGGUUUUCUUGAAUCAGAAAAUCGAUAAACUGGCCGAGGAUAAUUUGGCGAUAAUGAAAGCCGGUGGAACCGAUGACAAUCGUCGAAAUGUCCUCUACGCUGACACUUUGUUCAUGUUCUUUGAAGGAGUCGCCGAGAUUAUUGAAUCGAAUCUUCCAGUACUUGAACACUCGUACGGCCUGGAAAAGUUGCUGGAUUUCAUGUUUAUUUUGCAGGCAAGAAUUGACGAGUUUUUCCGACGCCUUCAUGAAGAAUUCGACACCCGACGCCGACUUUCCCACUUCAAUCGCCUUGUCGAUGACGUCAUUCAUCAGAAAAAAGCAGCGGAAGCCGUCGAGGAUGCUCCAGAUCCGAUGGAAAUCGAUGCGAUAGCUUCUGAGAUUUGUAUGAUGAAUACGUCGGCGGAAAUGUAUUGGAGAUUUGUUUCUAGAAGAAUUGGGAAGAAUGAAGUGAUUAGAAGUCCUUCUGGAGACGGCGAUGAUGAGGAAAACGAGGAAGCUCGGCAAGAACGACACAGGCUUAGGAAGGAAGCUAAAGAGCAGAAAAUGGAUCAGCUGUUAAAUAGAAGCCGUGUUGGGACGAAAAUGCAGGAAUUAAUUGGCAAUUAUUGUCUUUUGGAGCAUUUUUAUAUGUUAAAAUCGGUACAGAAGGCUAUAAAAUCCGAUGUGAAAGAGGAUGCUGGUGGCUUGACGAGCUCAAUCGUCGACGAUGUGGUGUUCAUCAUUCGAAAAUCGAUCCGCCGAGCUGCAGGAUCCGGCAAUGUUGAUAGUGUCUGUGCCACCAUUAACAACGCCACUGCACUCAUCGAUACAGUCGUCCACGGGCAUUUACGCCAGAGCAUCCAGCAGGGAUACGUCACCUCAUCCAAUUUCGCAUCUGAAGCAUUCACGGCUUAUCAGCAAGGAAAACCAGUGAAGGAGGCGGCGGAUGCUCAGAAGGAGCAAUUUUUGCUCGCUCUGAACAAUUCUGCGAAGCUCUCCGAGCUGUUGAUUGAGCUUCAGAAGGGAUUGAUCACGGAAUGGGCUGGAGUCAAGCGGCCUGAUGUUGAGAAGAAUAAGCUCGAGCAUUCGACGACGCAAAUUGAGGAGUCGGCGAAGAAAUUGGCCAGUUUGGCGAAGCAUGGGGUGGAGGAGCUGUUUAAGAGUGCAUUUAAGAAUAAGAUUAAGCAAGGCGCCGAUCCAUACCAAGAAAUCGAUCGCCAAAUGACAAUGCAAGACGUCGAGUACUAUGAAGCUCACGACCCAUUCAUGGAGCAAUUCCUGGCACAAAUCGACCGGCUUCUCGUUGAAAAUGAGCCCCUACUGUUUGCGGACAACUAUCAGACGCUUCUCCUGCUCACUUCUUCAGAAAUUGCUCGGCAAAUUGAGCAAUCUCUGGCAAAAUGUCAAUUCAACAGAUAUGGAGCACUUCAAUUGGAUCGAGAAUAUCGCCAGAUUUGUGCUUAUUUGACAAAUGUGGCUGGAUGGUCGGCGCGGGAGAAAGUUGGACGGCUGGGACAGAUCGUCUCCCUCCUCAACGUGGAAACUAUCGACGAAGCAAUGGAGGUUUGGCAUAAUUCAAAAGCGAUGACGUCAUCGGCGACAAUUCGAACUCUUACUCUACCAGAAGUCAGAAAAGUUCUCGCGUUACGAGCCGACUUCCCAACUGUCGCUAUUAAAUCUAUCGAAUAAUUGUCGAUUAAUUAAAUUAUUCUCUUAAAAUUUCCAAUUUUAUUGAUUUUUUUGUAUAGGAAUAUGUAAAUUUAUUAAUUGAAUUGUAUGGGUUUCUUCUCAAUUGGAUUGUGAUUUCUAUUUUUAAAAAAAUUAUUCUAAAACUCG